AUUUUGGAGCAUUCUGCCGCAGAAAAGCUUACCGCUUUACGUGAAAGCUUCUUGUAAAAUCUAGGCAUUAUUCGAGCGACAUGGCAGCGGGAAACGCGAAAGACACGAUUUCGCUCCAGGACUUCGUUUUCCAAACGGCCUUCCUUCAGGGAACGUUUUCUGAUACGUUACUUAUCGUAAAAGGCGAGCAAUACCGUUUGCACGCGUUGUUCCUUGCACGUUCGCCAGUUCUCUUGCAGAAAAUAUCGCAGCAGGAGAAGCGAGAGCCUCCUUACCGUAUUGAGCUCGAGACGGACGACAUGUAUGUUACGAAGGAUUGCCUUACAUUUGUCCUUUCCACCCUUUACACGGAUAACCUUGAGAUUCCUACGGGUCUUGAUGCUCGCUCUUUACUUGCUUGUAGUUCGUUGUUGGGUGUGAACUGGGUCGCUCAACAGGCUAUCUCAAUUUUGCGGGCCUCUUUGAUGCCAACUGUGCUUGGGGAUAUGAUCGCAUUUUUGGAUCCAAAAUCGGAGGGUUUGGAACGCUUAGAGGUUGGCAUGUAUCCCCCCUAUACCGUUGGAUUGUUUCAUGAUGUGGUGCGUGUGCUUUAUUCGACUCUUGUCAAAAACUGGAACAAUCAAUAUGCACACAUUUUGUGCACUCUGCCUUUCCCCGUGAUCAAGCAGAUUCUCGAAAGCGACAAGCUUACUGUAGACACAAGCAGUAUGGCUCGCUACAAGCUUGCUUCCCAAAUUGUUCAGAUGCGUGCUGCUUGGCGUAAGCAGAAUCGCGUAGACCUGAACGUGGAAGAGAGCGUUGUUCUUGUGUUUAGCGGCGGUGUUCGUGGUAUUGAAGUUAUUCACAAGACUCGUGGCGCCGACAGUCGGCGUAAGACCCUUUGGAAGGCUAGUGCUCCCUAAGGUGUGUACUAAGGACGAAAAAUCAUUUUGUUGCCUUGUUUGCAUGCCUUGCUCUAUUUCCUUUGUGUGCUUCCUGGAACCAAAAUAGUUGCCAUACAAAUUUUGCUCUUCACCCAUAAGUGGCUACUCCCCGUGCUUGAAUUGCCAAGAUCUCUACUACACCGUUUUCUCCCUACUGCCGCCCGCUUGCCACGUUUCGUAAAGGUUCCCUGUCUCUCUUUUGUACACACGCAUUACAUACAACACAUACCUUUUAGACAGAACCGACGGUGCACUUGCGAGUGUGUAUACUUUACGACUCGCAUGCGGCAACGAUUUCCUCUUUCCUUUACACCCUCAUACGCCAAGCGAAAAAGUGUAUUCCACGUUUGUCUUUGACUGUUUACAGGCAUGCUGCCGCUCUCAUUAAAGUAAAAGAGACAAAAAACGGAAUAAUACCUAUUCCAACCGUAAUUUAUGUUACUAUUUAAAACAACACACGCAAACCCUUGUGCGCCUUUCCGACGGAAGACAGAAACGAAAACCAGAUGAGGAAAUCUGGAUGUGUUCGCGUUGUGUAUAAAACAGACAACACACACACACAUACAUAAAAUGCAAACCCGUGACACAAAAUGACUCGCAGUAAAACAGUUGUCACAAGAGGGACACAGCGCAAAAGAGACAAGAGGAUUUUAAGGUCGUGCAGGUGAUACCGCCUACUCGGCCUCGACCUUGACCUUUCUUUUUUUGGUUUGGGGAGCAGACUCGGUAGGGGGAAUGAACGCCUUUUCUCGCUCGGCUUGACGUUCUUUUUGCUUUUCGGCCUGCUUCUCCUUUUUCUCUUGACGCUUUUUCCGCUCGCGUUCUUCCUUGUUGAGGAAGUACUCACCACUCUCGAUUUGCAGAUCGAUCUUGCUGGGUUGUUGAGCGGGAGGGAAGGGUGUGUAGUCCUUCUUCUCUCUGACCUUUGCAGGCUUGCGGCGGGCGACAUUGCGUUUCUUGAACUGCGGCAGGAAACGGUCCCAGGACUCUGUAGCCAGAGCAGGAUCCUUAGCAAGCUCUCGCUUAAUCAUGAGUUCCUUAAUGUGAUAAAUGGGAUGGAUGUUGUUCAUGCAGUCAAUAACGACACGACGAACCUCCUUUAGACCCUUGAAACCACCCAUGGCUGCUACGGUGGUUCCUUGGACGAGGAUAUAGCACUGAGUAAGCAGUUCAAGAGCCUUGAGAGUUUGGCCGUUGUUGCCGAUGAGACGCUGGCGACGCUUAAUGAAACGAUCCUUGUUGCGAACGAGGUUUCCGAUCUUGAUCACAUCGCAGGCCACGUCGUCCUGCAUAACCUUGAUAGCCUGAGGAAAGGGCACACUACGUGCAAGCAGCUUAAUCAAGUCUCUCGCCUUGAGAAUAGAAUACGGGUCAUAAGCCUUCCGAGUCGUUUUCACCGUCAUACUACCUUCGACCAAAUCGAGCACACAAGCAAUUCCGUACUUGUCCAGGGCCCGUGUUACAUGAGGCCAAACCUCACGAAGAUACUUUUCACGGUAUUUGGGGAAAAGUGUAGCAAAGCUAGACUCUUCCAAGAAGGGACCAGACGAUUCUUCUUUUGUGAAGGGAUCGAUUUUCCACUAAACGAGUUAGCAGGGUAGAGAGAGAAGAGAGAGAGAAAUGGUGAAGUUAGAGAGGCAGGAAGAGCACUAAUUUGCAUAAAGACUUUUAAAGUAAUACGACAAGGUCUUAGGGUUUAGAUCCCUCGUAUUCCUACUCUCUCGCCUCAGACUCGUUCUCACUUACAUGAUCAAUGUCAUCUGUGUCCCAUGGUUUUUCACGUCUGUUAUCGUCAGCCGAAAUUCAUUGACACUUAACAAGUUUAUCCAUUUCCCGAGUAUUUUCCUACCUGUAACGUUUGUUUUUGUUCACAACCACUGUUCUAUUAGUAAAAAUGUGUCGAGGACUGUUUUCCGUACCAUUGGGCUGUUGCUCCUGCGAUUCCUCACUCAUCCUGCACAGUAGUUUGCACAAGGAG